CAUCUAGGGUAUCAUGUUGUGCUCAUUUAACCCAAAAAAACCUGCCUUUCGUAGGCAAGGGAAGGUUGAAAGUCACGAGUUUGACUAAGGCUAGGAAAGACAAACGAGAUCUGAUACAGGAAAUCGAUUCCGCGGAUCCUAGAGUCGAUGAGUUGGAUAGCGAUCAGCACUCCACAGAAUCGGAUAAUACAUCUAUGAACACUCAACCGGCUACAUCUGACUCAGUCAUUGACACAGCUUCGGACGGCAAAUCGUUACCUGGUCACUCCUUCACUGGUUUUAUGAUGAUUUCGAAAGGCUACGCCAUCAUCAGGCAAAGACUCAAAGCUGUUCCUCGAAAUCCACAAAGAAUGCACUCCCGGAAGAUGCAGUACCACUUCUCCCAGGCAUAUAGCCCCACCAAGGCCUCCGCACAGAUCUCAUCUGCUUCAACGACGUCAGAUGAUUCUACAGGAUUAGUGUGUUAUGUAGGACCUUCUAUUGAUCAUGAUCUAUCGACGAAGGUCGAGGCUAAUCUCCACAUCGCCGAGGAUGAUAUUCCGGCCGCAGUAUCAGAACUAUUUGGUCACCCCACGAAAUGCAAGGUACAUGUACCGGAUGACGAUGACGACGAUCCCGUCCUAUGGAAGACUUCCCGGCGUCCGCGCUAUUACACUAGUAACCAUUCCGUGCCCGACAGUGCACUGAACCUGAGCACAACUGUUCGGGAAAUACGGAAGACUGAGAAUGGUCAAAUUGUGGAUUCUGCGGGAGAGGAAGAAUUUUGUUCUCACACAAUCUGUCGCUUUCCUCGCCGCUCUACACCCGCCCCUUCUAGCAAUACCAAGACACCCUCAGCUUCGAAAGGAGAACCCAAACGCGCAGAUGCACGAUCGACGAAUGAUGUUGAGGAAGGCACUGGUAUUCGCAAGGCCUAUUGUCCCACUCAGACCUCAGUAGACGCUACUUCUACUGAUGCCAAAGUGUCACCACAUGCAGCCCCAUUUCUACUCUUUCCUGUAGUCGAUUCCGCUAGGCUACCUGCCGUGCCGAUCGAGCAUCUGGGAUCAUCAACAGAAAGCGUUGCAUCCAACAGCCCCUUUGCCGCAUGCCAGGUUGAUGAAAAACACGUGGCAUCGUCAUCUGGUCUCACUCCAUCGCUUCCCAUCCCACCCUCAACCGCGCUGCGUGAACUUUACUCGCCGACAGAUGCACCUAACUUACUUGCAAACAGCGGCAUCUCGUCUCUUACAUCGAUAUUUCCUGUGCCUUUUCUGAAUCCUCCAUCGUACGGGGCAGCCUUCAAUUCCCAUGCUCUGGCAUUUCCCAGCCUACCUGGCCAAGUGCUUUUUGCCGAGCAACCAGUCUCCACGUUUUCAGGACCCUCCCUCAGUGCCACUAUGUACGACAGGUUUACCGCGGGGCCAUUCUGCUCUGGACCUUUCACUUCCGACUCGCUUGACGUAUCUUCUGACUGCGCAUUUUUUGUCAAUAACGGUGAUGUCCGUGCUAAUAAAGGUCCCCUUCCGCAAUCAGAGUGGAUUGACCAUUCCGACCGCAUUGACGUAGAAAUGGUAGAUGCUGUCAUUAAACCUGCGACGUUGAUACUGGAGCAAUGUCUUGCGAAGCCUUCUGCGGAACUAAAUACGUUUUGGCCCUUCCUUGACCUCCCUCCUCUUGAUGUCCCCACUGCGAUACACUAUGCUUGUACCUACGAAUCUCCAACUUCGAUUACCGUAUGUGGCGGAGUUUCAACAGCUGUGUCUGCAGUUGGGCCUAGCUCCGAGGAAUUCUCUACGACCGCCGAAGUUAGCUAUUCUCAGCCUGCAUUUGAUUCUACUGCACGUCAUUUUCCUAUCGAUGUCGGACCUUCAGCUGUUCAGUCUGGGUUCGGCCAUAGUUCGCGAUGGUCCUCUAGCAUUUUUGAAGCCCACUCGGCUGUAUUUUCGGCUCCCACACCAGAACGGCCUACCGUCUUAUCUGGUUCUUCUGAGAUACCAUCAGCGGAGCAAGAUGUUUACGAGAUUACCGCUAGGGAACAAGAGAUACAGGGGAUCUCCGGGCAGGCCAAUUGCCUUCACGCCAUCCUUGAGAACGAGUACGGUCCAAAUUCUGCAGACCUCAAGUUCGACGUUCACGAGCACGCUGCAUCCCAGUUUAUUCCUGCCCCAAAGACAGUGAUCCACGAGGAGACCGUUGUGCAGCCAGUCGGUCACGUUAACGACACCAUUACCCCAGUACAUCGCCAACCCCAGUACAUCGCCAUCGCUCCGUCAACACCGGGCAUCACCGGGAGAGGCUCUGAUGGAAAAAAAACCCAGGCAGAUGACGAUACGAAGACCGAACCAGACGACGAUGCUAAGACUGAGCCAGACGACGACGCUAAGACCGAGCCAGAUGAUGGGAUUAAUGAGAAGGAUGUGAACGCUGAAGUGCUUGCCCAUGCUAUACUCGACAUUCCGCUUCCACCAGCGAUAGUCGCAAGCGUUCAACUCCUCGGUCAACAGAAACGGAGGAACUCGUGUUGCCGCGAAGGCAUCACCCGCAUGCGUGCAAAGAGAAGGCAAAUGAACAUUCAAGAGGGCAAGGAAGACGACAAUAGGUGGGAUUCGUGCACAUCGGACGCGGUUUAACCAUUUAUGGAGACCGUCACCUUAUGGAUCGGUAUCGUGCCGGUGCAAAGGUCAUGCAAAGGGACAUCAGAAAUGGUACCCUUCGGGCGGCCUUCAUUCCCAGGUCAACGUACCGUCCGGUGAGACCUCUCAGACGUCAGCAGUUGAGUCAGGCGACAGCUCCCUGUCGCGUUCUCCGUUCAACUC